CGGGGGCGGAGAAAGGGUGGGGACCGGCCCCGCGGGGGGCGAUGCGGUAGCUGCAGCGGCGGCCGCAGGAGUUUCCCACAAUGCAGCGCGGCGCGCUGUCCCCGGUGCUGAUGCUCAGCGCUGCCCCGGAGCCUCCGCCGCGCCCGCCUCCCGCCCUCUCCCCGCCGGGCCCCGGCUCGGCGCCCCGCCAUGGCUCGGCUCGGACGGGUCCGGCCCCAGAGCCGUCUGGGGGCCUGGCCGCAGCGCUCGACAGCAGCCUGCGGGCCGCCGUGGCGUUCAAGGCGGAGGGUCAGCGCUGCUACCGAGAGAAGAAGUUCCGAGAAGCCAUUGGCAAGUACCACCGCGCGCUGCUUCAGCUGAAGGCGGCGCAGGGGGCCCGCCCCGGCGGCCUGCCCGCCCCCUCCCCCGGACCCACCAGCAGCCCGGGGCCCGCCCGCCUCAGCGAGGAGCAGCGGCGCCUGGUGGAGAACACGGAGGUUGAAUGUUACGACUCCCUCACCGCUUGCCUCCUGCAGUCGGAGCUGGUCAACUACGAGCGCGUGCGCGAGUACUGUCUCAAGGUGCUGGAGAGGCGGCAGGGCAACUUCAAGGCCACCUACCGCGCCGGCGUCGCCUUCUACCACCUGGGCGACUACGCGCGCGCGCUUCGCUACCUGCAGGACGCCCGCAGCCGGGAGCCCACGGACACCAAUGUUCUCCGCUACAUCCAGCUGACUCAGCUCAAGAUGAACCGGUGCAGCCUCCAGAGGGAAGACAGCGACAGCGGCACUGGAGGCCCGGCUCCGAACGUCAUGGGCUGAGGCCAAGGGGCAGCCUCCCUCCCCCCCUCACCAGGCAACCUCCCCCUGGCUCAUGUGUUUACUGGUAAAGCAUCUGUCACUGGUGUCUC